GCACCUUUGUACAAAAGCAUCAAAGACACCCAGCUGGUCCAGUCCCUUCACCAGGAAUAUCCCUUUAUCCUGCAGUGCUCAGAAAGUGAUGGAUUGAGACACUGGUCCUCUCUGGAGGCAGCAGAACACUCUGUGAAAGGGACGUGAGAGCCAAGCAGGAAGGCGGAUUAUUUCUGCAAGGAUGAGCGGGCGUUGCUAGAGAUUAUCUGUGGUUCGGUCCAGCUGGAGCUGUCUGAAUGAAGCUAUGGGCUGUGCCUCCACCAAGCAUGUGUCUACUGUUCAAAACGAAGAGGAAACUCAGAAGGGCAAGAACUACCAGAACGGAGAUGUGUUUGGGGAUGAGUAUAGGAUCAAACCAGUGGAAGAGGUCAAAUACAUGAAAAAUGGGGGAGAAGAUGAUCAGAAAAUAGCAGCCAGGAACCAAGAAAACUUGGUGAGUUUCUGCCUGGGAUUUUUCCCCUCAUCUCUGGGAAAGCUGAUGCUAUUGAGGAGGAUGGACACAGAGCUGUUGGUGAAACAGAGGAGUCAGCAGUCAUGGCAAGCACCUGAAGGCAAGUGUUGGGAAUCAGAAGUAGCUGCUUUGCCUGCAAACAUAGCAAGAAUGGGCUGGCACAUUACCAAUUCUUCCCCAGAAUUUCAUCUAGAUGAGUACUUUUAUUCCGGAAACCUUUUAUUCCAAAAACCUUCCUGGAGAGUGACCUGGGGAGAGUUUCCAAAGCCCAGGAUGUUAAAAAAAAGGCACAACCUGGAAAAAAGUGCCAGUUCAAACACAAGACUUAAAUCUAAUAAAGAGAUCCCAGGAUUAGUACAUCAGCCCAGAGCAAACAUGCACAUCUCCGAAAGCCAACAAGAAUUCUUCAGAAUGCUUGAUGAGAAGAUUGAAAAGUUUAGCUGCACACAUCUACCCAUGAGAACCACGGAGAUGCUCACUUUGAGUUUGAAGAUGAGAGAGUCACCAUCAUCAUCAUCCUCGGGAUCAUCAUCUUCAUCACCAACACCUGUGGGACUGUGAACCUCCUUCAUAAAAGCCAAUUCCAACACCAGCCUCAUGGACACGCAUGGCAGCCAAAGGAGAAGCCUGUGAUUUUCCCUCUUGAAAUGACACCCUUUCUCCACCCCGCUGCUCUGCCAUCCCAGAUGGAGCCUGGUGCCCUGGAGCAACCAUCCUUCAUCCCUGCAGAAACCCCCCUGCUAAAAGCCUUCAAGGUGCAAGGUCAACAGAAAAUUUAUAUACUUAAUUAUUUUACUAUAUGUAUAUAUUAAAUUUUGAGACAAAAAGUUCUCAAGAGCCGUUGCUGCGAGAAGCUAGAAAGCUCUGUGUGGGAACACAGCAUAUUCCUGGGGUUUUGGCAUUCUGCUUUUGUGUCUAUUAAUAAUCCCCAAGAGUGAGUCAUAUGGAGCUACAUUUAUUCACUUGACUUGGAGGGAGCUGCUACCUAAAAUAGCAGCUCUGUAAUUUUUUAUGAUGCUGUAAUACCAAUGCAGUGAAGAUUGACAUCAUUUGAGGGAGAUGCUCCAGCCUGGCAGUCAGAGAACCCGUGUCCAGCCCCACAAGGAACAUGGGGAGCCCUGUACUCCAUUACAUAAAGUGCUGGAGAGCUAGCAUAGGGCAGAGAUGCCUUUUCUGUCAUCACCUGAGUAUCUUUUGCCUGGGUUUUCCCCCCUUUAAACCUUUCUAAGCCUUCUUUGCUCAUUUUCUUCAAUCAUGAGGAGUACUGGGCCAGAGGACGUUGAGCAAAUGGCUUUUGCUUCAGAGGGGAGCCUCAGGCAUAUCUCAUACUAUCAAUCUGCAUUUCAGGAGGUCCACAGGGGAGUCUUGAAAUGCAUCAAAUUCAGCAUCACCAGCUCAUCCUUUUUCUCACCCACGUUGCUGCUCCAUGUCCCUUCCUGAACCCCCAAGCAUCCCCUGGACCAAGACCUGUGCCCAAAAUCCACUGUCUCCUUCCCAGCCUGGUAUUCCCAACUGAUGGCAGCCCCAGGCAAAGGGCAGAGAAAUCCUGGGGUAGGGUUUGGGCUGGGUUUUUUAAGGAUGAAUCUGGUUUUCUGGAUUGCUUCUCAUUCUUUGCCCUGCACUGCUGCCAUCAGGUCUGUCCUGUAGUGGCAGCUUGUGGGGCAUCCAAGACAUCCCAGGGUGGCCCCACUGCUCCUCAAAACCACCUGUGGGUACCAGCAAGUACCACACAGACUUUUUUGGCACAAUUUUGGCUAGGAUUCCUCUGCAGGGGCCCCAGCCCAUCACUCUGCACUCUCCACCAAAGCAUUAGGAAAGAUUAACUUUUCCAUGCUGGGCAUUAAUAGCUUGGGUGAAUUUCUGCAGGUCAACAGUGUUUUAUCAGCUCCAUUCCAGAUGGAAAUGUUUAUUAACAUUACCUUUUCAUGGAGCACUUUAGGAGAAAAUGGAAUUCCUGCCACAGUAGUUCUGAGCUAAUGUGAAUUCAGCUGUGGCUGAAUUUCAGUCAGAGCAGCUCAAGUCCUUUGGGUGGAAGGUGUCACACCUUUAGGUGACCUGCAUGGAAAAUGGAAAUGUGGCAAUUGAGCAACAGGCCCUCAAUACAACCACUGGCAUAAAUAAAUAAAUAUAAUUUUAAUAGGAGGGGUGAGGACUUGGUGCCACUGUGUGUCCCUUGUCCUUCAGUCAUCCAUCCAUGCAAGGAGAGCAUCCCAGGGGAGGGGGAAUGUCAGGAACGUGAUCAGACACAGAAAUAAACACCUCAAUAGUCAUGAUUUCUUGUUAUAAAAUAAAUACAGAGAGUGGCACAGCCCACCCUGGCUGUCAAUUCUGUGGUUUUUGCCUUUGAAGCAAUCACAUCCUGCUGCCUGCAUGGGCAGCACCUCUGAUGAUCCCUGAACUGGGUGCAGGACACUUGCAGAUUGUCCCUUACUCCUCAAAGGAGGCAGAAAGGGCCUUUGCUUCAAAAUUCUCUAGUCCCUAAAUUCUGAUGUUCCUAGAACAUAGGAAACAGUAAAUUGAAGGACUUUAGCACUUCCCUAGCAAGGCUGACAAUGGCUUCCACUUUAUAUCAUGAACAGAGCUCAGCACUUGAACAAGGACUUGAAUUUAGGGCUCCAACAUCUUAAUCUGAAUUUUGUUAAUUGAAUUUUGUUAAUCCUAACUUCCAGAGAGGAAAAAAUUACAGGAAUAGAGGUGGUGAAAGAGAGCUCAUAAUAGAGGAAGGAUGAGGGAUACACCCCUCCAUGACUCACCUCAUCAGGCCCAAGUGAGACCUGUUUUUCUCAUUCUGAAUAAAACAGGUGCAGCAGACAAAAUGAACUUUUGAGGGUCUGGAUUUUAAAAAUAAUACAAGAAUGUCCAAAUCAUAGAGAAGAGAGGCUGAAAUAAUCCUAAUAGAUCUGGUUGCUGAGAGCCUGUCCAGUUUCAGUUCCAGACUGAAAAGGUGGAGUUUUGGUUAUUACAAUACCUCUGGGUUUAGCCAACUUCCCAAGGAAAAAUUCCAGGCUUCUCCAGGGUGGCAGCCACAAGGCUGCUCCAUCCCCUGCCGAGGCUGCCAAUGAAGCCUCAGUGUGACAGAUCAGUGUGACUGCCUUGCUGAAAAUGACAGCCAACAGCAAUGCAGAAAUGAGCAUCAGUUCUGCACAGCUUGACCAGAAUAUUUACAUUUUAUUAAAUCUUUACAAUCAGCAGUUAUAAUCAAGUACACAAUUAUGUACACAGAUUAUGUACAUUUUAGCCCAGACUUUUACAUCACACUUUUACAUAGUUGCCCUUAGAAACACCACCAGAGAGUAAAACCCAACAACAGUGUUACAGCACCUGUUAUUAGACAUCUGCCAUAAGAAAAUAUACGGCUGUAAAUUGGUCUGGCUAAAAAAAAAAAA